AUGGAAGGACAGGUGCUGGAAAAGGUGGAAGCUUUUACCUACCUGGGCAGUAUCGUUGACAACCUGGGAGGAACCGAUGCUGAUGUGAAGUUCUCUGUCAAACUCUUGGGCCAUCCUGGUGCAGAUGUAUUUAUACAGAGAUCAUUUGACACUUGCACACAGGUGGAUCCCUUUGGGAAGCUGGAGCUUCCUUUUGAACUGCCUUUUGGGAAAGAGCCAAUGAGAGGCUCUGGAAAUUACUGGAUGGCCAUCAUGCUCUUCAGCAGUGUCCUCGCUGCAGAGGCUCGGCCCAGUACGGAUACACUCGCUCCUCCGGACUAUCGACCGCUUGUUCGAUUCCGACACAAGCAGGAUGGGAUCCCGGAGAGUUUGCGGAUUAAGGGCUUGUUUAGUCACAGCAGCUUCCUAAAUGCCUGUGAACAUAAGUACUGUGGUCUGGGGAAGCACUGCGUGGUGGACCAUGUGACCGGUCAGGGAGAGUGCCAGUGUCUGGAGCACUGCAAGCCGCACUACAAACCUGUAUGUGGAUCUAAUGGGAAACUGUACCAGAACCACUGUGAGCUGCACCGAGCCUCGUGUCUUGCCCGUCAAAGAAUCACCAUUAUACACAGCGAAGAAUGCUUCUAUAAAGAUGAUAACUGUCGUCUAGUCGAUUACAAAAAACUGAAGAGCAAGGUGUUGAACCUUCACGCUCUUCGCUUCCUACCACCAGGAGCCCAGGACAGCUAUGAGAAGGACAUGGCGUCCAGGAAGCAUGUAGUGGACCUGAUGUUCAAGCGUUUUGAUGCCGACGGGAGCAGACAAGUGGACAGCAGCGAGCUUUCACAGGUCAUCAAACAAGAAGGUUUGAGAAACACAGCAUCAGAGUGCACACUGUUUGACCUGCUAAAAUACAGCGAUAUGGACGACGAUGAGCACCUGACGAGGGAUGAGUUCUACUCAGCUUUUGACAUGUAUGAGCUGAGCCUCGCUGAGGAGCAGAAGCUGAUCGUCACCACAGUCACUGUGGGUCAGAGCGUCGUGCUGGCAUGCGCCAUCACGGGUGAGAGGCGACCGCCAAUCAUGUGGAGACGCAAUAACCACACACUCAACACACUACAGCUGGAGGAUAUCAGUAUCCCUCCACAGGAUUUCGGCGAUGAUGGAAGUCUGUACAUCACCAAGGUGACCACCACUCACAUGGGUAACUACACCUGCCACGCUGACGGAUAUGAGCAGCUUUUCCAGACACACACGUUGCAGGUGAAUGUUCCUCCUGUUAUUCGGGUGUAUCCAGAGAGUCAGGCACGCGAACCCGGAGUCACAGCCAGUCUGAGGUGUCACGCAGAGGGGAUUCCUGAUCCACAGCUGUCCUGGCUGAAGAACGGCAUGGACAUUUCUACUAAACUCUCCAAACAGCUCACACUGCAAGCUAAUGGGAGCGAAGUACACAUCAGUAACGUUCACUUCGAGGACACUGGAGCGUACACCUGCAUCGCACGUAAUGAAGCCGGUGUGGAUGAAGAUAUCUCGUCUCUGUUUGUAGAGGAUUCUGCACGCAAGUCAUUGGCAAACAUUCUGUGGCGAGAGGAAGGUCUGGGUAUUGGGAACAUGUUUUAUGUUUUUUAUGAGGACGGCAUCAAAGUGAUCCAGCCAGUGGCCUGUGAGAUCCAGAGACACAUCAAACCCAGCGAGAAGCUCCUCAGCCUGCAGGAGGACGUUUGCCCAAAAAUAGAGGGAGAUGACGACCAGAAGUGUGUUUGGGCUUCAGCUGUGAACAUAAAGGAUAAGUUUAUAUACGCCACCCAGCCAAUGCUGAACAGAGUGCUCAUCGUAGAUAUCCAAACCCAGAAGGCUGUUCAGACUGUGAGCACAGACAGAGUCCCAGUGAAGCUCCAUUAUGAUAAAUCACAUGACCAGGUGUGGGUUCUAAGCUGGGGUGAUCUGGAGAAGAACUUCCCGACACUCCAGGUGAUCAAGCAGGCUAGUGGUGGAACAUCCCACCACAUCAUUCACACCCCACCGGUGGGCCAUCGCUUCGACCGAGUGGACGACUUCUUCAUCCCACCAUCAAGCCUCAUCAUUAACCAUGUCAGGUUUGGAAUGAUCCUUCAUAAAAAGGAGCAUGCACUGCAUAAGAUAGACCUGGAGACCACGUCUUAUGUGAAGAACAUCAGCUUGAAUGAGUAUGACUGCAUUCCACAGUCCAUGGCCUACACCCACUUGGGGGGUUACUACUUUAUCAACUGUCACGCAGAUUCAACCGGUGCCAUGCGUCCUCAGCUUAUUGUUGAUAGUGUAACAGACAAUGUAAUUGGGCCUAAUCGUGAUGUUAGUGGCACCCCUUAUGUCUCACCUGAUGGCCACUACCUUGUGAGCGUGGACGACCAGAAUGGCAUGAUGCACCUGCAGUCCAUUUCAGUGCGUGGCGAAAUCGGACAACCUUUUGACAUCCACACCAAUCUGCACCUCUCAGACCUGGCCUUCAUGCCCUCGUUCACCGAAAUCCACCAGUACAAUGUGUUCGGUAGCUCGGGCCAGCAGACAGAUGCCCUGUAUGUAGAGCUCAGCACUGGCAAUGUUAAAAUGAUCAAGAGCCUGAAGCUGCCCACACCAUGGAGUCAGUGGCCCUGGAACCACAAGAACCGCGUUAUGACCUCGAGCGGCCUCUUUGGACAGUACCUUAUGACCCCUUCCCAGAGUUCACUGUUCAUUCUGGAUGGAUGGCUGGACAAGCUCAACUGCGAAAUCACUGAUGUGCCCAAGGGGAACACUGUGGUGUGGGUAGGGGAGGCCUAG